AAGAAGUGUAACGAUUUAUAUACAUACUUUAACAAAUUUAUAUUCAUGAUGAAAAAUUAAGCAUAAACACUGAUCCGGACAUAGAUUGCCAUAUCAAAAAGCGUCUAAAUGUUUUUGUUAAUACUAUAUCAAAUGUUGGUACUGACUCCAAAUAUAUUGAUAACAAAUUCUAACCCUACGGAGGAUGAUGAAAGAUUACUACACAUCAAAAUAUUAUCCAAUUAUAACAAAUAUAUAAGACCGGUUAUUGAUUUGGAAACACCGGUCGAUAUAUAUGCUACCAUAAUGCUUCACACAUUCAAUGAUUUGGACUUAGUGAAUAACGUACUGAGGGCUCAGUACUACAUUGGACUACAAUGGACUGAUGAAAAGUUACGGUGGGACCCCUCGGAUUAUAAUAACAUUACAAAUAUUCAUCUAGUAAAAGAAAAUGCUUGGAAACCACCUAUUGUAUUAUGCAAUUCAAUGGAAAACUCAGAAGAUAAAGAUGACUUCCCUGAACUGUGGAUUUUUAGUAAUGGACAUGUGGUUAUGUAUUCUUUUAGAUUACUAAAUACAUAUUGUGAAGUCAACGCAUAUACUUAUCCAUUUGAUAAGCAUAUGUGCGAAAUUUACAUGUGUGUUGCUUUGCAUAGCGUACAGCACACAAGAAUAAAAACUCUGGAUUACCAUGAGUUAAAUUUUAUACAAAACUAUAAGUGGGAUAUCACGCUUGAAGGUACGGUAAAUGCCACGAACGAUAAAUUUAACUACGCAUUUGCGCCGAUGUAUAUACGACGUAGAAUUACCAUAGAAGUCAUAGCUAUGCUGAUUCCGUCAGUAAUGAUGACUGUUUUAACUAUUUUCGUUUUCCUUCUACCUCCUGAAUCUGGAAAGAAAGUUUUUCUUGCGAUGACGACAUUUUUAUCAAACGUGUUGUAUCUUGUUCAAAUAGAGAAGACGACACCAAAAAAUUCAAAAUAUCCUUGCCUUCUUAUCUUAUAUUUAAUGCUAUUGUCGAUGUUGAGUGGAUUCACUGCAAUUGGUUCGGUAAUUAUAAGCAGAUUGUAUGUAAUUCAAACUUCUGAUGGAGAGAAAUCAAAUUCACCAAAUCAAAAUAGAAAGAAAUCCCAUGCUAACCAAAUUGCUGACGUUUCAAUAAUUGCCUCGGCACAAUCGAAUACAUUUAAUCCAGAAGAAAGGCCAAGAGCAAAAUGGUUUUGCAUAUCCGACUACACUCGAUGUGAUGACAUAUUUCUAAGAAUUAGCAUUGUGAUAUCGGUAAUAAUUUCAUUAAUAUUUACAUGUCUACUGUUUACUCAUGAUGACUAAAAGAAAAGAAUAACGAAGGUGUAUCAGAAUACAGCAUGAUAUACAUAUUAAUAUCAUGUAUGGGCUUAGAUGAAAAAAUAUCAGCCAUAUAUAUGGAGUGUUGUUUAUCAAGUAUUGUACUACUACUUCUGCCAUUCUACUAGCACUAAAAUACUGCAAAUUAUUUACAGAUAUGUGAAUAUGACCAUACACACAAGAACACAAAUUGGGUGAUUAUUCUAUAUCUUGAAAUA